CGAAAUAUUAACGUGCCACAUUGACUGAAUAAGAGAAUGUAUAUUAAUAUACGCUCUCUGAAAUAAAAUAAGUAUUUAACACAAAUUAGUGACAUUUAUUAAAUGUAAUUCACCAACGAUUCUACAAAAGUCACAAUUGUGUGUGUGUGUUCUAGGGAGGGGGGAUGAUAAUUUAGGUAACUCACGAAGUCUUUCUGGAGGCCUUUUAUUGCACAGGUUCUAAACACAGUAGUUGUUUCUUCCGGAUAGUUACGGAGGAGACUCCCAAAGUGAUUUCCGUUUAGAUUCUUCGCUUAUCACGCAAUAACGUGUGAACUGAAAAAUGGCAGCAUUUGCUGAGCUGGGUGUUAUGCCUGAGAUUGCUCAGGCUGUGGAGGAGAUGGACUGGCUUCUCCCCACAGAUAUUCAAGCCGAAUCAAUCCCUUUAAUUCUUGGAGGUGGUGAUGUGCUCAUGGCUGCAGAAACUGGGAGUGGCAAAACUGGGGCCUUCAGCAUUCCCAUUAUUCAGAUUGUUUAUGAAACUAUUAAGGACCAGCAAGAGGGAAAGAAGAGCAAAGCAACUGUCAAAACGGGUGGUGCUGUUUUCAAUAAAUGGCAGAUGAAUCCUUAUGACAGAGGAAAUGCGUUUGCUGUUGGCCCAGAUGGUUUGUGCUGCCAGAGCAGGGAAGUGAAAGAAUGGCAUGGAUGCAGAUCAACUAAAGGAGUGAUGAAAGGAAAGUACUAUUAUGAGGUGUCUUGCCACGACCAGGGUUUGUGUAGAGUUGGGUGGUCUACUCUUCAGGCUGCCUUGGACUUGGGUACAGACAAAUAUGGAUUUGGGUUUGGUGGAACCGGAAAGAAAUCUCACAACAAACAGUUCGACAGCUAUGGAGAGGAGUUUACAAUGCACGACACAAUAGGAUGCUACAUAGAUGUAGACAAAGGGCAGAUCAAGUACUCCAAAAAUGGUAAGGAUCUAGGCCUUGCUUUUGAAAUCCCUUCUCAUUUGAAAAACCAAGCCUUCUUUGCUGCCUGUGUUCUGAAGAAUGCAGAGCUGAAAUUCAACUUUGGAGAUGAAGAUUUCAAACAUCCUCCAAAAGAUGGGUUUGUUGCUCUUUGUCAAGCUUCUGAUGGCCAUGUUUCAAAAUCGUCUCAUACAGGUACAGCACAAGUGGGUCAGGCAAAGAAUUUGCCAAAUGCUCCUAAGUCACUUAUCAUUGAACCUUCCAGAGAACUGGCAGAGCAGACUCUCAACAAUGUGAAGCAGUUUAAAAAAUAUGUGGACAAUCCCAAGCUAAGGGAACUUUUGAUAAUUGGAGGUGUGGCUGCCAAGGAUCAGCUCUCAGUAUUGGAAUCCGGAGUUGACAUUGUUGUGGGAACACCUGGUAGAGUUGAUGACCUGAUCUCAACUGGUAAACUUGUCUUGUCCCAAGUGAGGUUUUUAGUCUUGGAUGAAGCGGAUGGACUGUUAACUCAAGGAUAUUCUGAUUUCAUACACAGAAUCCAUGGACAAAUUCCUCAGGUUACAUCUGAUGGAAAGAGACUUCAGGUUAUUGUGUGUUCUGCAACCUUGCAUUCUUUUGAGGUCAAGAAGUUGUCUGAGAAAAUCAUGCAUUUUCCUACCUGGGUUGAUUUGAAGGGAGAAGAUUCUGUCCCUGAAACUGUGCAUCAUGUUGUUGUGCUUGUCAAUCCUAAAAAAGAUAAACUUUGGGAGAGACUUGGCAAAAACCACAUCAGAACUGAUGAAGUACAUGCAAGAGACAAUACUAAACCUGGUGCAAAUUCCCCAGAGAUGUGGUCUGAAGCUAUAAAAAUCCUCAAGGGAGAGUAUACUGUUCGUGCAAUUAAGGAACAUAAGAUGGAUCAGGCAAUUAUAUUUUGUCGGACUAAGAUAGACUGUGAUAACAUGGAGCAGUAUUUUAUACAGCAGGGUGGAGGUCCAGAUAGAAAGGGGCAUCAGUACUCUUGUGUGUGUUUACAUGGUGACAGAAAACCUGCAGAAAGGAAACAAAACCUGGAAAGGUUUAAGAAAGGAGAUGUAAGAUUCAUGAUCUGCACUGAUGUAGCUGCUCGAGGAAUUGAUAUACGUGGUGUGCCUUAUGUCAUCAAUGUUACACUUCCUGAUGAGAAACAGAAUUACGUACACCGUAUUGGAAGAGUUGGCAGAGCAGACAGGAUGGGUUUAGCCGUUUCCCUUGUUGCUACUGAUAAGGAAAAGGUAUGGUAUCACGUAUGUGCUAGUCGUGGGAAAGGCUGUUAUAACACCAGAUUGAAAGAGGAUGGAGGUUGCACUAUAUGGUACAACGAAACACAGCUGCUUGGUGAGAUUGAGGAGCAUUUGAACUGCGUCAUUACUCAGUGUGAACCAGACCUCAAGGUACCAGUGGACGAAUUUGAUGGAAAAGUUGUAUAUGGUCAGAAGAGAGCAACUGGAGGAGGAAAUUACAAAGGCCAUGUGGAAAUUUUGGCUCCAACUGUCCAAGAACUGGCUGCACUAGAAAAGGAGGCACAGUCUUCUUUCUUACAGCUUGGAUACCUUCCUAAUCAACUGUUCAAAGCAUUCUGAAAGUAAUGACAUUAGAAGCAUGAAAUCCUUCAUGGUGCAUACCCUUUAGAAGUGCAAACUACAAAUUUACAAACGUUGGCUAAUUUAAUAGAAAGGAAGAAGCAUUUGCACGAUCAGAUUGGUUUAAGUAUUGGAAGGUUGUACUCUUUCUGUUGGAUGUGAUAACAGAGUCUGUGUGUGGCAAAUAAAAAAAAAAAUACUUAAAACUGAA